AUGUCUGCAGAGCAGGGCAGCCAGAGCUCCGUUCUCCUGGGGCCACCCUCAGCACCUUCGCGCCUCGAUGACUUACGGUACACACUAUCCCAACCAGUAGCCGCCUCCUUCAUCGGCGGCGGUGUAGCCGGCGCCGUUUCACGAACAGUGGUCUCACCUCUCGAACGCCUCAAGAUUCUGUUCCAGAUACAGAGCCAUGGCAGGGAAGAGUACAAGAUGUCGGUCCCCAAGGCUUUGGCAAAGAUGUGGAGGGAAGAGGGCUGGAGAGGCUUCAUGGCUGGCAAUGGCACCAACUGCAUUCGGAUAGUCCCGUACUCCGCAGUACAGUUCGGUUCCUACAACUUCUACAAACGGUUCUUCGAGGAUUACCCAGGCGCACCCUUGGGCGCUUACCAGCGGCUGUUCUGCGGUGGCUGCGCCGGCAUAACUUCCGUGACAUGCACAUACCCUCUCGAUAUCGUCAGAACACGAUUGUCAAUACAAAGCGCUUCGUUCUCGGGUAUCAGUAAGAAAGCUGGAGAAAAGCUGCCUGGCAUGUGGGCACUGAUGGCAUCGAUGUACAAGAAUGAAGGAGGGUUCUUCGCCCUGUACAGAGGCAUAAUACCCACGGUAGCUGGUGUAGCACCAUACGUUGGUCUGAAUUUCAUGGUCUAUGAGACCAUGCGAAACAAAUUCACGCCAGAAGGCCAGGCGAACCCUGGCACCCUCGGGAAACUUGCUGCUGGCGCGGUCUCCGGUGCUGUAGCGCAAACCUUCACAUAUCCUUUGAGAUUUCAGAUCAAUACGAUGUCCGGCAUGGGAUAUCAGUACAAGUCCAUAUUCGACGCUCUGAGGGUUAUAGUAACCCAAGAAGGCUUCCGAGGUCUGUACAAAGGCGUCGCGCCUAACUUACUGAAAGUGGCGCCUAGCAUGGCCAGCAACUGGCUAAGUUUCGAACUUACUCGGGAUUUCCUCACGAGUCUAAGAACUCCGGAAGUAUGA